AUGACGAAAUGUGGUCACGCCUCAGCUUCAGAACGUCAGAGAUUUCUCGAGCGCAGUCGCGACUACUCCUUCGGAUCGGAAGCCAUUUCGGAAUUAGUCGCCAGUCACAGGACCAUGCUGGAAUUUCGCGGUAACGGAGAUGUCAGCUAUGCUACACAAGCAAUGAAACGAAAUGAAGGAGAAAGACCGCCUUACGAGUUCUCAAGUCCAGAGAAUUACCACAAAUCGAGAACACUGCGGAAGCUCAAAGUCCUAACAAGAUACCCACACAGCUCUCCUCAGGAGGACGUGGAAACAGACACCCUCAGCAGCGCUUGUGAAGACAGCGAACCUGAAGAGAGCCUGCCCGAAAGGCAUGAAGAAGAAGAUCGAGACACCCCCGGAGGACGACGACAGUGCUAUUUCAACAGAAUGGGUGAGCGUAUGUUUCUGGUCGCAGAUGCAAAUCGAGCGAGUGAAUCACCAAAUCCGACGUCCGAUGGAGAUGAACCGUCACCAAAGUUUCGAGUUGUCGAUUCAGACACAAUUCUCAGCAGCCGUAUAAGAAGAAUCGAAGAAAAAGUGGAAAGAAUGAAAGAAGACCUCAAGCACUUCCCGUUCCGAGAUCGAAGAGACCGUUCGGAGGGAGUACACCCAUGGAGGACUUGCGCAUUCUGCGACGAACAAGGAACCCACUUCUCAGAUGCCUGCAGCCGGGUCCGAGAUGGAGAUGCACGAUCAGCAUCGUGGUGGCACGAGGUCGGUGUGACCUAUCGGUUUGACCUACCAAUCGAAUUCGAUUAG